AUGCUGCGGCCCGCACUGUUCAGCGCUGCUGCCCUCGGGCGCUCGCUGCUCUCCUCCAGCAGCGCCCUUGGGACCUGCGCAGCCCUGACAGCAGCGGUUCCCAGGUGGUUCUCCGCGCAGCCCAGCCCCGAGGAGGGCGACCGCACGGCGGAUGCCCAGUACACCUUCAGGGCGCGGGAUCUGCUCAUAGAGCGCAGCCCCGUGCAGCAGCCGCCCAUCAACUUAGAGGACCUCAAGUUUGGUACCGUUUUCACUGACCACAUGUUCCAUGUGGAGCAUGUGGUGGGGCAGGGGUGGGGCCGCCCCGCCGUCAAGCCCUUUGGCCUGCUGCAAGUCCACCCGGCCGCCCAGGUGCUGCACUACGGCCUGUGCUGCUUCGAGGGCAUGAAGGCGUACGCCGGCGUGGACGGCCGCACCCGGCUGUUCAGGCCGGAGCUCAACAUGGCGCGCCUGCGCCGCUCCGCGCGCCGCCUGCAGCUGGCAGACUUUGACCCGCAGGAGCUGCUGGCGUGCCUGAAGCAGCUGCUGAUGGUGGACCGCAGCUGGCUGCCCGAGCGGGAGGGCUACUCCAUCUACGUGCGCCCCUUCAUCUUCUCCAGCGCCUCGGCGCUGGGCGUGGCCAAGCCGGCGCGCAGCACCAUCAGCAUCCUGCUGAGCCCCGUGGGACCCUACUUCCCCACCGGCCUCAAGCCCAUCUCGCUCUUUGUGGACGAGCUGAACAGGCGCGCCUGGCCGGGCGGCGUGGGCGACUGCAAGGUGGGGGGCAACUAUGCGCCCACCAUCCAGCCGCAGGUGGAGGCGGCGCAGCGGUACGGCACCUCGCAGGUGCUCUACACCUUCCGCGAGUCGCACGAGCACCCCGACCACGGCGAGUUUGAGGAGUGCGGCGCCAUGAACAUGUUCUUCUACAUGGAGCAGCGCGACGGCCGGCGCGUGCUGGCCACGCCCGCCCUGACGGGCACCAUCCUGCCGGGCGUGACGCGCGACUCGGUGCUGCAGCUGGCCAGCGGGUGGGGUGAGUGCGAGGUGCAGGAGCGGCCCAUCACCAUCGCGGAAGUGCGGCAGGCGAGCGAGGAAGGGCGGCUGCUGGAGAUCUUUGGCUCGGGCACCGCCUGCAUCGUGCAGCCUGUGGGCUCCCUCAUCCGCGCCAACGGCGAGGUCUAUCGCACCCGCUUCUCUCCCGACGACGACCCCGCGGGCAGCCUGUCGUCGCGCCUGCAGCGCGCCCUGCUGGACAUACAGUAUGGGCGGGUGGAGCACCCCUGGGGGGUGGCGCUGGACUGA